CCCAUGGAUCCGCCACUGUGUACUACCAUAACUAAACUGGUCUUUUAUAGUUUCCUUGUGAAUUUUCUGGUAUGUAACAAAUAUGCAAUUACCCGUUUGGGUUUUUUCUCAAUGUUGUGUGUAUUUGAAUCUUAUUUCGUAUCGAGGAUGUCAAUUUAGCAACAAGUUGUAUGGAACGGUUCCUGCCUGCAAAAUCAUGUCUCACUGCUAGUGUAUAUGCGCAAAAAAAAUGGAACAAAACCAGCUGAGAUAACCAGUCAUCGGUCUGCAAAAGUCAUUGCAAUAAUUGUGGCGGAGCUGAAAGUUCCGCAAAAGCUGUAAAGGGUCUAGCAGCUCCAGUCGUGGCGUACUUAUUCACUUGUACCAAACUACCAAUGCUCGAUGCGAGGCUCUGUUUGCAAUCCGAAAGCAACGCAGGUGACAUUUUUGCUAGAGAGAAAGAAGCACAAACAGAUCACAUCAACGAAUAUCACAGCAUCUCCCUCCAACAUUCUGUCUUACAGGCACCUCCAACGAAACUUGGUGUCAGAAAGCAAAUGAAACAUUUUACAGAGAUAGACUGUCAAUGGCUUUCCAUUCAAACUGAUGGGAUUUGGCGUGAAAUCCUCUAUGGCACAACAAACGCAUGUUUCUAUUGGAGAGACAUAUCAGAUCUCGCCGUGCCUCGAGUUGUGCCUCAGCAGCCUAUCAGACUCAUCCCAAUGUCCAUUCUGUAUCGGUGUUACUUCUACAUCUUCAUGUCGCGACUUCUGCUGUUGAGUAGUGGGGGAACUGGUGAGAGCCGUUGCGGAGAGACCAGGUUCACCUGAUUGUCGACUUCAGCACUGGUUGACGGUUUUGCCCCGUUGGUGACGAGGUUCUUGAACCAAGUUGCUUGAACCCUAGGAGAUCCUCCAUUCGAGUUUCCAGGUGAUUCAGGAGUAGAACCAUUGUUGGAUGCCACACCUAGAAGGAAACGAUAGGCUACCUUGCUAGCUGAUACAAUCUCAGUUUUAGCUUGUCUGAACUGCAAGCAAAGUGAUGCAAACACACAAUUGCAAUUAAUCGCUCUAUCUUGUAAAAAUAUUAGACCCACAUUUACUAGCAAUGAGAGGAUGAAUAAUACGAGACAUGUUAGAAGGAUAAAGCAGCACACAUGCAGUCUGAAAACACGGGGUCAAUUGAUCAAAGCCUAGACACUACAGACUGUGAUAGUCUGCACUCUAAUAUGAUAAGAAUGAAUCAAAGUACUGAACCCGCACUGUAAGCUACUUCCAUGCCCAAGAAAAAUAAGCUGGAAAUGUUACAGAGAAGAGGGAACUGGAAAUGGGGUCUUACUCUUAAGGCUGUGGUUCCAGCUAUUUCAACAGCAGCAUCCCCAGCAUUGGCAAAUCGGUUCACCCAACCUGUGAAUAAGGUGAAAACAGAAAGAAUGUCAAAUUUGCAUGAACUGACUCCUGGAUGGUUGAGAAGGGGACAAACAUAAGGCAAAGAACUAGGUUCAUGAUCUAAACAAAAGUCAAUUCCUUCUAAACAUUUCAGCAAAGAAGAUGCCGGUUAAAUCUUGAGAGGAUCUGUGGGUAUUCACCCAUCCCAUUCAUAUUUACUUAAGAUCAAGGUACAGCACAAUUCAAGUUUAUAUUUACGAGAAAGGCGUUAGUGGACUUCCCUAAUAAUUUUUAAAUCACACACCAUUCAAAGGAACCCAGAAAAACAUGCAGUUAAACAACAGAAGACAAGGGCAGAUGGAACUUUCCAGUGAACAGAAAGCUCCAGUUGUUUCUCCGCCUAUCUUAAACAGCAACUAAAGCAUAUAACUGUGCACCCAUCAUAACUACACAUUUCAGCAAAACAGACAUUAAAUGUAUAAUAGCCAACAACAAUAUCAAGCUUUUAAAGGAGAGGAUAUUACUAGCAAGUAUAAAAGAUCAUAUACCUGGAAGCUUUGGGACUCCCAACUUCUCACAGAACUCAUCACAGAAGUGAUUACAGUUCUUGGCCAACAAAUCAUAAGAGCUUCCAGGCCACUCCCUACUAAGUUCACGAAGGAUCUGAUUCACUUUAUAGAUUGAGAAAUUGGUUCUUCCACGUAUAAUGCUUUCACGGUAAGUAUACAUUGGGUUCUUUCCUGACGGGCAACUAAAAACUCCCGUUCCAUGUUCACAAAAGCCAAAUGACCAUUCAUCUUCUCCAUACACCUGUCACAAGGUGCGAACAACUCAAUAAUCUAUAAGCAAUUCAACAUUAGUGCAAAUAGACGCAACAGUUGAUCAUGGAAGGAUGUAGUCACUUAAACCGAUACCUUCAUCAUUGUAGAAGGGUCUUGCAUAUACAACUUAUAAGAAUACGUCAUUACAGUAUUAUGU